AUACCCAUCACUGAUGUAACAGAUACCCUCACUGAUGUAACAGAUACCCUCACUGAUGUAACAGAUACCCUCACUGAUGUAACAGAUACCCUCACUGAUGUAACAGAUACCCUCACUGAUGUAACAGAUACCCUCACUGAUGUAACAGAUACCCUCACUGAUGUAACAGAUACCCUCACUGAUGUAACAGAUACCCUCACUGAUGUAACAGAUACCCUCACUGAUGUAACAGAUACCCUCACUGAUGUAACAGAUACCCUCACUGAUGUAACAGAUACCCUCACUGAUGUAACAGAUACCCUCACUGAUGUAACAGAUACCCUCACUGAUGUAACAGAUACCCUCACUGAUGUAACAGAUACCCUCACUGAUGUAACAGAUACCCUCACUGAUGUAACAGAUACAGAUACCCUCACUGAUGUAACAGAUACCCUCACUGAUGUAACAGAUACCCUCACUGAUGUAACAGAUACCCUCACUGAUGUAACAGAUACCUCACUGAUGUGA